GUUUAGCGUUUCCUUUCCUUUAGCAAAGCUGUAGAUUGCAAGAAGUUCUUCGCGAGGAUACAUUUGAGCACAUCAGAACAAAGGGAUUACACACAUAUAAAGCACGCUUUCCAUUGCCAUCGAAGUGUUACACCCCUUCUCCUGCACCAGGGCCCGAACAGAGCCCUCUACUUGGUGGGCUCCCAGGGAGCUCUUUCCUGAUCGGACAGCAAGCUGCAUGCUUGCGGCUGGCUCAGCUGAAAGCCCACCUUGCAUUGACACAGAUAAAUAACGCUAUUGCUAUUGGUGGCCGAACCAAUACACGCGCCCCAUUUGUAUCCACAACACCCCCGACAGCUGCAGCCAUCAGUCUAUUAACCUUCUGAGGGUUGCUAACACCAUGUCCCAUCCCUUAUAUAACCCCUAUGCCUCUGGGAAUCAAAGUUCAGCCCAGGGGCACUAUGGACAAUCCAGUAUGCAGGCAGAGAGAGACUCUCAUAAGACGACAUCUCAUCUUGGGCCUGGGUCCAGCUUUAGCUCUUCUGGAGUUUCAUCUGCGACUCCUGCAAAAUCUGGGGGAACAAUCACAUCACUGCUAACUAUGCCAAUGAGCUACAGGCCAGAAGGGAGUAAGACUUCAAUGGAUGAGGACAUAAAGAGGUCCAUAGACAUGCAUAUAAGCAGAGCCAGAGAGGAGGUGAGGAAUCAGCCUGUAAACAAGAGCAGUCAUUUUACUCAAAGAGAUGAGUAUCAUUCUUCAAGCAAAGAUGUGACUUCCUACGUGUUGUCCUCAACCUCUCAAAGACCCCCUGUUGCAAGUAGCACUAGCUCCAUGGACUGGUUGCCAAGCUACAAACGGGAAACUGAGGGUGAUUCGGCUAAAUACUGUUCAUCAUCUGCUUCAUUGAGCUAUCAAAGCACUGGUGACGGUAGGUUUAAUGCCUCGAAUGAAAGAGAGCGCAAUGUGCAAUCCAUUCCAGGCUUAGGUGAUUAUGACUAUCCAGUGCCAGACAAACCUGUGGGCUCUGCAGAUUCUACUCGUCCCAAGUACACUUCAGAAACAGCUGUGAACAUCCUUAUGCACUUUGGACUUGAAAAAGAGGACCUGGAACAUCUGAUCUCAUACCCCGAAGAUCAGAUCACUCCUGACAACCUGCCUUUUAUCUUACGACAAAUCCGCAUGGAAAAGGCAAAGAGAUCUGCAACGGCAGGUCCAUCAAAAUCCUACUAUGAUCCUCAUUCCACCACAAGUAUGAGUGGAAGGGAAAGGUUGAGUACUUCAAGAGGGGAAGGGAUGCGUCAGGAUGAAUUGUCACCUAUUGUCCAACCAAGUAAAGUGAUUGAUUAUGGACAUACUGGCAAAUAUACUGGAAGCUUUGGGGAUGAGAUUGGAAGGAGCAGCAGUAGAGCUGGUAGUGGUGGAAGUGGAAGUACGCUGCUGAUGGGCUCUUAUGAUAGCAGUGGUCUCAGUCGAGAACCACUGCAAAAAAGUAUGACAGAGGUGAAAAACAGCACCUUGGUUUCUUCCUGUGAUCAAGGCAGCUCUUUUACCUGUCAUGGCUCAAUGCAAAGCAGUGGUCCAGCUCAACAACUGCACACCCAACCGAACCAGUCAUCUCAAGAAAUCUUCAAAGGUUUCUCUCUGCCAAACACAGACACAGACAUAAGACCUCUUAAAGCAGAAGUCACUAAAGCCCUUUCUUUGAAAGAUCCAGAGCCAGAUCGUCAGUCAGCAUCAAAAAGCAAACUAACUCCCAAUAUAGUUCGUAGUGUGCAUCCCAGCCGACCUGGCCUUGUACUCAUUGGCAGCAGCAGCAGCGACAUUCACAUCAAAGAAAAGAGUAAGACUCACGGGCAAGUACCAAAUGUUUCUGAGCAGAUGAACAAACAGCAAAUGCAGCAGAAGCAGGUACAACAGCAACAGGUGAAACAGACAAUGCAACAACCACCACCAAAGCAGCAGAUGCAGCAACAGUUGAAGCAACAGCAGACGCAGCAGUCAAAGCAGCAGCAGCAGAUGCAACAGCAACAACUGAAGCAGCAGCAGACGCAACAGCAACAACUGAAGCAGCAGCAGACGCAACAGCAACAACUGAAGCAGCAGCAGACGCAACAGCAACAACUGAAGCAACAGCAACAACUGACGCAGCAGCAGACGCAACAGCAACAACUGACGUGGCAACAGACGCAACAGCAACAACUGAUGCAGCAGCAGACGCAACAGCAACAACUGACGCAGCAACAGACACAACAACAACUAAAGCAGCAGCAGCAGAUACAACAGCAGCAACUGAAGCAGCAGCAGACGGCCCAGGUACCUCACCUGCCGAUCGGGUAUCAGCAGAUGCAGACUCAGCCAGCUGUGCAUAUGGGACAAGCUUUGCAGUCUCAAGUUUUUUCGGGUGCAAAGCCAGUUCCACAGCAGUCCCACAUGCCAGGGCUCAUGACGCCUGUUCCUCCGGGUCUCUCUCCGCUAAUGCAGAACCUCAUGAAUUUCAUUCAUAUACCGCAGCCUGCUUCCACCAAGCAGCUUCCAGCAAAGGUAGAAGUGACAACGAACAUCCCAGUGUUGGCCCAGAUGCAAGACUACACUGCCGCUUCACCUAGGGUCUUUCCUCAUACCUGCUCUUUAUGUAACAAGGAAUGUAAUCAGACGAAGGAUUGGGUGUCCCACCAGAAAACCAGCCUUCACAUCGAGAACUGCAAACUUCUGCGAAAGCGAUACCCAGAGUGGAACGGUGAAAUAGCAUCACUGCUAGGUGCAUCAGGUGCCAAGCCCUCUUCCUCAACUUCUGCUGACACUUCCCAGAAGAAAACCAGGCAUGAGAGUCGUUCCCGUUCCUGCAGCCCCCGCAGUCAUCGUGACUCGGUGCGUAGCAGGGACAGGCGAAGUAGCCGUUCCCACUCUCGCAGCCCCCGCAGUCAUCGUGACUCGGAGCGUAGCAGGGACAGGCGAAGUAGCCGUUCCCGCUCUCGCAGCCCCCGCACUCGUCGUGACUCGGAGCGAAGAAGAAAUAGACCAAGUAGCCGUUCCCGCUCUGGCAGCCCACGUCGCCGCCGUGACCUGGAGCGUAGGAGGGACAGACGAAGUAGUCAUUCCCGUUCUCGAUCAUGCAGCCCCCGAAGGGAGAGACACAGAAGCCGAUCACGAUCUCCCUACAGCUCCAGACGUAAUCGCAGGUCCCGGUCUCAUUCUGACUCCUCAUGGUAUGACCGUCCUUCCUCUUCACGAUAUCGAUCACGCUCAAGGGGCCGCGAGAGGCGAUCCUCGCCGAGAAGAAGAGAUGAGAAACGUUCAUCACCGAGGAGAAGCUGGGAGAGGCGAUCCUCGACUGAGAGGUCAUCUCCUAGGCGAAAGUUGAGCAGCUCGAAGAUCUUGGCAAAAAAACUGCUGGAAACAUCAGCUCUCCAGUCCUUAUCAAAACAGUCUGACCUUGAGACUGUCGUCAAAACUUUGGCUCCUGCCCUGCUGGCUGAGCUAGCCAAGAGGAAGUCAUCCCCAUCAACAUCAUCAUCAUCGUCCUCACGUUCUGCAUCUCCAGAAUCAAUUAAAGGGAGGCCUAGCACAGAGAAGACAAAGGCUGCUAAAUCUUCCCCUCCGACCAUGGUGAAGCUACAAGGGAUUGUCAGUAAUCUCUCUCACAGUGAAGUGAUGUCUGCUGUGGAGAAAUUUGGAAAAACCAAGUCAGUUGUUUUGUUUAGGUCAAAAUUACAGGCAGUUGUGUGUUUCGAGAAACAGGAAGAUGCUGAGAAACUGAAGAGCUUAAAGAACUUUGACAUAAAAGAAGUAACCGUCAGUGUUGUUAAUGAAAAGGAAAUUGCAGCCAAGAAAACCACAAAAAGUAAACUGGAAACUACAGGAAAAGUCUCGGUUUCCAAAGCGAAAAACAUCUCAGCUGAGCAGAAAGCUAAAACUGUAAAAACUGGCGAUAAGGCUGAAGAAGCAGCUUCAAGCCUCGAAAAAUCUAAGAGUAAAUCUACAAAGAGUCCCGAAAAGCAGCCUAACACCAGUGAUUUGAAACGAAAACCUAAACCCAAAGGGUCUCAAACCGGUGCUAAAGAAGCUGUGAUGGCACCUAAAAAUACAGCCAAUGUUAUGAAGGCUGUUGAACCCAUUAAAGGUGCUGCAGUUGACGGUGAGCCAAAAGUCUUGACUUCCAAAGCAGAAAUGGCCUCAACCACGCAGAAAUCUAAAACAGCAGGAACCGUGAAAAAAGAAAAAGUGGAUCCAUCUAAAUCAACAACGUCAGAGAAUAAGCCUGAUGUAGAGACAAAACACAAGAAACCUGAAACAGAGAUUCAUGAAUCUGCGAUGGGCUCUAAAGGUGAAGCACGAAAAGCAUCAGCUUCUGGAAGGGAGGACCACACAGAGCCUAUGGAAGUUGAAGCUUCUGCUGAAGGCAAAGAUAAUCAGGUGUUACCAGCUAUUUCUAGUGAGAAUCAACUACCAACUAGUGCAGCUGAGACCAAGCCAAAUAUAUCACCACCAAAACCUAGUGAUCCACCUCAGAAACCACAAACUGCCAUCAAAAGUCCAGAAGAUUCACUCAAAGCUUCAGAACAGACCGAGCAGAGUUCAGAUUCUGCUGUACAAGAAGAAACACAACAGCAGACUGCAGGAAAAUCACCUGAGAUUUCUGUGGAGGCAAAGCAGACAGUUGAAAGUGUAGAAACGGUUACAAAGGACAAAGUCUCAGUGACUGCAGAGAAGAUCUCAAAGGAUCAGCCGGUCGCUGUUACCCACCCAACAUUUGGGGAGCGGAUACAAGAGCAACUACGUCCAGAAAGAAUCCGUUGUCUCAAGACAGUCAGACUUCCCAAUUCAAAGCUUGUUUCGCUUGAUUACAAGGUGCUGUUAAUAAGCAACCUGCCAGAGUAUCACGAUGGCUGUUAUGCAGAGGAGGACAUUGCUGGUCUGCUCACUCGACACAGAUUUGAAUAUUACGACGACAUGAUGUACGUUAUACCGCAGGCACGCAUGGCUUUUGCCCUCAUGCCGACAGCAGUGGCAGCUAAAAACAUCGUGCUAGCAUCAGAAAAACAUGAUUUUAUUCUCAAUGGGUCUAAACUUCAACUGCAGGUUGAGAAGGGCGACAUUUUAAUGACGCCGCUUGAGUUUUAUAAGUCUCUGAUGAAACGGCUAUGCUAUCAAGUGACUGACAAUGGAGCACGAACAAUCUACAUCAGGAACAUCUCACCAGGCGAGUCCCGGGAUCUCAGAGAAGCUUUGAAAAAAAUGGAUUUUGUAAGAAACUACCUGCCUCUUCUCAACAAGGUGUUUAUCGAAUUUGAGUCUCUUCGUGAUGCUGAUCGCCUUGGUGUUUGGUACAGCCUUCUAAAACGGGCCACCGGCCACAAAUUGUCAAGGCUGGAAAUACCACACAGUGGAUGUACCUCACUGCCACCAAGAUUGCCACACAAAGCUUUGCCAGACAGCGAGGUUGCUGUUGACGGGGCAGCUGUCCCAACAGAAGAUAUUACCAUCCCACAACGCAGCACUUCACCAUAUUGGAUCACAAUGACAACUAGUCCCUUUGUGUUCCCCACUGUCUCUCCUUGGUUCACAAUCCCAGAGUAUUUAAGUGUCAGGGAACCUGAUGACAUUGAGAAGGCCCAAUCUCAAGGUUCUACGUUCUCCACCAUCAUGUUGACCGGUUUGCCAGAAGGAAACUACAGACAGGAGGAUGUCGCUAAGCUGGUGUGGCGUUACUUCCCUGAUCAGACUCUUCAGACUCUGUACUACAACAUAAUCGUUUUAUCACUGCAGAGGAGGGCCUUUGUGUUUUUUAACAGCUGGGAUGCGUGUUGCGAUUUUGCCAGAGAUUACCUCAAAAAUCCAGUUACUAUUGGAGAGUGGAUGCUCAAAAUCCACAUUGUUUUGCAAGACAUGCAUCCUGGUUCAAGUGAGGAGAGCAUGUACAGAAGCAUGAUGAAAUGGAGCAGCACUCAUGUUCCAGAGUCUGAGUCUCUGGAGGACCGGCUGCUGAGUGUGGAGGUCUCGGAGGUGAAUGUGGACCUUCUCAUGAUGAUCAUGGAAGUGGUAGCGUCCAUUGCUGCUUUUGUCAGAUUUUUGCCGCUCGCCAACAGGAUAUGCAUUGAGAUGGCUGAACCGGGUGGAUUAACACAGGUGAUGGAGAGCAAUGUCACCAAGGACUAUUUAUCUUCUUGGAGUAAAGUCGGACGUAUUGAGUCUUUGAAGAGCCUGAAACAGCGUCUGCAAGACUCGGGUGAGAACACAGUUAACCUCAAACUGGAAACCGAGAAGGCCGCAGAAGCAACCGUUGCCCCUCAGCCAAGUGAGGAAGGCGAGAAAGCAACAGUGAAGGACGGGCCACCACAGAUUUUGGUCACUGCUCCUGAUGCAAAUGCCGCCCCCGCUGCUUCUAGCGAUGCUCCUUCAGCAACAAGCCCAGUCAAGUCUGAGGCAAAAGACUCGGAACUUCCUCACAUCAACAAGGACAUUUUCAUGGCAAUUACAGCGGCGCUUCGUGAGCAUAGGCAGGGUGUAGGAAGCAUGGCACAGAGCAAGGACAGAGAGACCAAAAGCAGCAGCCCUAGUAGGGCACAGGAUGAAGACGCACCAAAUGAAAAGGUUCAAGUUGAUAAUUCAGAGAAGAAAGUUUCUUCAGAGAGCCGCCCUUUUGGUGAGCCGGAUUUAAAUUUGGAUGACUUUGUCACUGUUGAUGAAAUUAACGACGAGACAGCAGACACAGACCCCAAUGAUGAAAGCUCCUCUUCAACUAAGCCGAAGUCCACAGAGAAUACGGAAAGUCAAAGCUCAGAUGCGUCACCUGCUUCCAAACGAACCUCAGCAAGGUCCUCCAAAGACUUCAGCAGCUCAGUCUCUUCCUCAUCCAAGCCCACGAAAGCUUCUGAGAAAAGCAGUUCAACCUCCUCACUACAAAAAAGUAAAGACCCAUCUGAAUCCACCAAACCCAAAUCCUCUGCAAGUGUCAGUAAGCCCGUCUCCUUUUCUGGUGACAAAACACAGCCAAACAAAUCUCCAGACAAAUCGUCGCAUCCUUUCUCCUCGGGUUAUAGGACCCGUUCAUCAAAGAUGGCUUCAACCGUUGCUGCAGAGCUAAAGGAAGAGAGUGCAGCAACAAAGUCUGACCUCAAAGUGUCAGCAAAGGAAAAUCAAACUAAAAUGGAAACAUCAUUAGAGACACAGCCACCUGCAGAGGGAGAGGGAUUAGGGAUGAAGAGCCAAACACAGAGUCUGGAGACUGAAUGUAAGGAUGACGCACACAAAGAGUCAAAGAAAAGCAAAGGAGAAGAUGGGGAAAAAGACAGUGCAUGGAAAUAUCCAGAGGAGGAGGAAGAUGAUGGUGAAAGUUACCAUAUCCUUGAUUCAAUCGACGAGCCAACAGAUGAACAGAUAGAUGAAGACACAAACCAAGAGACUAAAACAGAGUCAUCCGGACCUGAGCAAACCCAGAGUUUGCAUGAGGGGGCUAGUCAGGUCUUGAACAGCAUUGAUGAUAAAGGCUCAGAGGAGUCCAGUAAAACUGAAAUGGAUGCUUCUCUCUAUGUGAUAGACAGCGUUAGUGAAGACCAAGGCAGUACAGUCCAAGAGGACAGUCAUCUGGUCAAAGAUGAAGGUGCCACAGCAAAGCAGUUGUCUGAGGAAAAAAUUCAAGAUACCAAUGCUGAACCAGAUGCAGCUGAUAAAAAAGAAGUGUUGGAUCCAAGCAUGAACCAAACUCCAAGGUCCAGUGCAGAUGGAAAAGAAAUGAAUGACGAGAUGCUCUCAGAAAAAUCAAACAAAGCUUUUAAAUCAUUUUGUCAAACUCCAGAUAAUGAAAAACAAGAAAACAAAGGCAGUUCAGCAGAUGUUGCUGAGAAGUUAGAUUCAGUCAAUGAUCACAUUGGAGGAGAAGAUGACGGAAAGAAACGUAAUACUCAGAGCCAGCAGGUAUCUAAAGCAGUCACUGAGGGAACUGAAGAAGAGGAAGAAGCUUACCGGAUAAUUGAUUCUGUGGAAGAAGAGCCAGCGACCACAGAGACCGAGGCAGAGGCUGAGAACAAGGAGGAAAAAACCAAGAAAGAUGUUGAAGCGGCUAAACGAGCUGAAAGACCAACAAGGAGGGGUGGACCGAGAACCAGAACAUCUAAAAGAGAGGAGAAAGAGACACAGGAGGAGAUGAUCUUUGAGGUAGUGGAUUCUGUUGAAGAUGAAUCUGUUGAAGAUGUCUCCACCACAGAGAGGCCUGGUAGAAGGAGGUCGGCCAGAGGAAACAAAGAAGAUAAAAAGACACCCACUUCCACAGUUGCAUGUAUAAAACCCGUCAGGGAAGAGGAAUCUACGUCCGAGAUCCUAGACUCAGUGGAGGGUAAGACUGCCAUGAACAAACCGACCAUCACAACAAGAUCAACCAGAGGAAGAAGGGAACCUAAAGAAGACGUCUCAAAAAAAGAAAAGACACCAACGAGAAGGAGGCCGACACCUGCCAGAGAUUCUCAGGAACCAAACAAGGAGGAACCUCUGCAGACUGAAGAGACAGGCCCCACGAAAGAGAGCACACCAACAAAGAAGAGUGAGGAGAAUGCUACCUUUACAGUAGUAGACCUAGUGCAGGAUGAAGUUAUAGGGGAUGAACGGGCCAAAACUCCGGAAAAAAGAAGAAGGGGAAGACCAAAGAAGGACAGUAAAGUAACUAAAAAACAAGCUGCCAUGAAGAAUGCUGCAUCUAGUAAAGUGGCUGAUGAAGAGGAGGCCAUUUAUCAGAUUGUUGACUCGGUUGAGGAUGACAAUGAGCCCCCCAAAGACCAAAGUACAGAAGAGCCAACAGUGCCUAAAGACGAUAAAGACUCAGCAUUGCCAAAAAAUGCAGAUGAGGCGGAGGAAGAGCCGUUGUAUCAGAUUGUAGAUUCUCUAGAAGACGAUCAAGUCCGAGAAGACCCAACAAAUGCACAAUCAUCAGACAGAGAGACAAAGCAGCGAGAGGCACUCGGUAAAAAAGCAGACGCUCUCACAUGCGGCGCUAUGGCUGCGGAGGUGGCCGAUAAAGAGGAGUGUUUGGAUCACACUGCUGAGGUUAGUGCUGAAGAAGGGUCUGGUACAGCAACGAAGGAAGAGAAGCCAAAAACAGAUACUAAAGAGGCCACUGGGUCCCAAAGUGACGCUGCUGCUGCACCAGAAGACAAGACAAAUCUGGAGGAUGACACCCAGGAGCUGGUCACUCUGGAUGAGGUGGGAGCAGAUGAUGAUGGGGAGGAAAGAGCAGUGGAGGGUCAGCACUGGAGCAGGGAGAUCACGGAGGGAGAACCUGCAGAGCUCGUCACUCUGGAUGAGAUUGUUGAAGAAGAUGAGGAGGAGGGGGAAAAGGCAGAGGAAAACACAGUGGAGCCCCGCCCACCAAUACAGGAGAGCCAAUUAGUGGAGGCCUCAAACAUAGAGACUUUGGCGACAGCAGCUGAGGUAGAAGAGGAAGCAGAGAAGACAUCAGGAUCUGCUAAACGCAAACAUGAUGAAACAGAGGAGAGGCUCAACUUUGUGACGGUGGACGAGGUGGGAGAGGCUGAGGAGAAGGAGGCGGUAAUUACCAGGACAAGAGGUCGACCCAGGAAGAGAACCAGGCAGACCCCUGUGAGAAAAUCUGCUAGAGGGAAACCAGAGAUGACAAAAGAUGAGACAGAAGAGGAGGAAACAACAGAACCACUGCCUCCAGCUUCUGUUAAUCCCACUUCAUCACAGGACCGAGACUCAUCUGUGCUGCCUGGUGACGGCCAGGCGGAGACCCAGAGGACCGAGGAGGAAGCAGAGACCCAGCCUGAUACUGCACCUGCCCUUGCUGGACCACAGCCGGAGCCCAAGUGUCCUGAUAAAGAGACAGAGGAGGGAGAGGAGAAGGAUGGAUGGAGCAUGGUUGGCAUUAAAGUUGUGGGUAAACGCAGGAGGGAGCUUGUCGGACCUGAGGCAAAGCGAUCUCGCUCUCAGUCUCCGUGUGUUGUAGCAGACUUCAGACUGCCUCAGUUCAACCCCAAUAACCCCCUCGGUCAGGAGUUUGUGAUCCCAAAAUCAGGAUUUUUCUGUAACAUCUGCUCUGUUUUCUACCUGAAUGAGAAGACUGCCAAGGAACUCCACUGCUGCAGCAAGAAACACUACGACAACCUGCAGAAAUAUUAUGAGAAACGUCGACAAAGAGCUUCAAAAACGUCAUCUCAGACGUCUCCGGGCUCCGUUUCUGACUGAUGGACCUGAUCUACUGAUUAUUUUAAUACAUCACUGUGGAGAACAAGCCAUGGUCAUUCAUCCUACUAGUUCAGAAACUAAACUAAUUGCCAUGUGACACAUUUUGUUGUAAAUGAUAUGUCUUCAUUCAUGAACUGUCUCCCAGCCUUUCAGUUAAUGCUUCUGUUUUUGUUUGUACAAGCUGGUGAAGAGCAGUUUUAAUUUUCUGUUAUUAUUUUAUCUUUUAUGUGAAAAUAUUAUUGAAAAAUUGUCCCUAUUAAUUUAGUUAACAGGUCAUCCGGAGGUACCUGAAAGGUGUUGAUAGUUUAUUAAAUCUUCUUUCUUUUUUUUUGUUCAUUUAGAUCUUUUGCUUCAGUUUCUUUAAAAGAAAAGGGUCCAGCAUUAUGUGUUUGCUGCUGUUCUGUUAAACAUCAAUUAAAACUGCGUGUAUCGCACAUUU